AUGUACAAGGCUUCCUUUGGAAGCUACUCUAUGUACAAACAAGGGAAGCUUCUAGGCAGCUCCUUGGCUUGCACAAAGCCUUACAUCCUCCAGCAAUCUCUAGAUCCUUCCCUUGGUUUCGUUGGGCAGCCAACUUGGGCUAGGCUGCAGCUUUCGGGCUGGGCAUAUGUUAGAAAAAAAAAAAAAAAAGCAAAAAUUGCGAAUUACAAAGAAAAUCACCCGCUUAAAGCAGAGGAGAGCAAUAGUUCAUCCUCUGCCACAAGUCCCAGCAAAGAAACUGAAUCGAAUAGCACUGCAACAUUGAUUGAUGGGGUCAUACGCAGUGAUACACUUCCACCUGAUAGAAUCUCCAUCAUUGAAACAACUGAUCUCCACCCUGCACCUUCGACUUUGCUUAGUAAUGAUGGCGGAGAUUAUCCUCCUAUACAAUCCUUUGAAGAUGCAAAAUAUAUUUGUACUUUGGAAUCUUUAAAGUUAUGGGCUAUUGCAGCUCCUAUAGCAUUUAAUAUCCUGUGUAAUUAUGGGGUUAACUCAUUUACUAAUAUUUUUGUUGGCCAUAUUGGAGAUAUUGAAUUAUCUGCAGUUGCGAUUUCACUUUCUGUCGUUGCAAACUUCUCUUUUGGCUUCCUGCUUGGUAUGGGAAGUGCACUUGAGACAUUAUGUGGACAGGCAUUUGGAGCAGGACAAAUAGAUUUACUUGGAGUAUACAUGCAACGAUCAUGGAUCAUCUUGUUUGUUACUUGCUGCUUUUUGUUGCCGCUUUAUGUAUAUGCCACACCAAUCUUAAAGCUCCUUGGGCAAGAAGCUGAUAUAGCAGAACUUGCUGGCAAUUUUACAAUUCAAGUUAUCCCUCAGAUGUUUUCAUUGGCUGUCAAUUUUCCUACCCAGAAAUUCUUACAAGCACAAAGCAAGGUUGGAGUUUUGGCAUGGAUUGGUUUUGUAGCCCUAAUAGCACACGUUGGGGUGCUUUAUCUCUUUGUUAGUGUAUUCAAAUGGGGUUUGGCUGGUGCGGCUGCAGCCUACGAUGUUUCGGCUUGGGGUAUUGCUUUGGCUCAGGUGGUUUAUAUUGUUGGUUGGUGUAAGGAUGGGUGGACUGGAUUGUCAUGGUUAGCAUUUAAGGACAUAUGGGGAUUUGCUAAACUUUCCAUAGCCUCAGCUGUGAUGAUUUGCUUAGAGAUUUGGUAUUUUAUGACCAUAAUUGUUCUUACUGGUCACCUUGAAGAUCCUAUUAUUGCCGUCGGAUCCCUUUCUAUUUGCAUGAACAUCAAUGGUUGGGAAGGAAUGUUAUUUAUCGGAAUUAAUGCAGCUAUAAGCGUCCGAGUUUCUAAUGAACUUGGAUCACAACAUCCAAGAGCUGCAAAAUACUCGGUGAUCAUCACAUGCAUGGAGUCUCUGCUUAUAGGGGUAACGUGUGCGUGCAUUGUUAUGCUAACAAAGGAUGAAUUCUCCUUCAUCUUUACUGAUAGCUUGGAGAUGAGGAAAGCAGUGGCCAAUUUGGCAUACCUUCUUGGUCUAACAAUGAUACUAAAUAGUGUUCAACCAGUAAUAUCAGGUGUUGCAGUAGGAGGAGGCUGGCAAGCCUUAGUAGCUUAUAUAAAUUUGUUUUGCUAUUAUGUAAUUGGUCUCCCUCUUGGGUUUCUCCUUGGUUAUAAAACAAGUUUACAUGUACAGGGAAUUUGGAUGGGCAUGAUUUUUGGAACUUUCUUGCAGACACUAAUCCUCAUUUACAUCAUUUAUACAACUAACUGGAACAAAGAAGUUGAAGAAGCAUCUGAAAGAAUGAGAAAAUGGGGUGCACAUUAAGAGCCAUUGCCUACUACUGAUGCAAAAUAAACCAUUUAAUUUCUUAGAGAACUUAGUAACUGAAUUACGUAGUAUGUUUAUUUUCCACUCUCAGUUUUUUAACAUCUUUAAGGAAAUAGAGUCUGAAUUUGAUCCAUUUUUCACUUCAUAUAUGAUAAUUUUAUUCCAGUAUAUAUCCAA